AUGAGUCGUUUUGAAUCUAGCAGUCCAUUUAUAGUGUUAUCUAUCUAUCUAUCUAUCUAUCUAUCUAUCUAUCUAUCUAUACACUCAUCCAUCCAUCCUAAUCACUUGUCUCUUAUAUAUUUCUCUUUUCUUUUCUAUUUCUUUUUAUCUUCUCUCUUUUUUCUUCUCCUUGCUGGGGUUCAAGUUUGCUUUAAUGUCUGGAUAGUAUCCAGUUCAAUCAUCACGCUAUCAUGUGACCAAGAAGGAGAAAGUGGCCAAAUCGCGCGGGUGAUUAUACGAUCAAAAGUGAGAGCAGACAACACCGUGUUAAAGAUUGCUCUUCUCUUCCCACCCCUGAACUACCGAAAGAACCUGGAUUCUAUUAUAGACGCUCUCCGAAUUCAGCCGUUUCUUCUCAAGCUCCGAAUUAUUCAAUCAAUAAACAUCAAUGAUAACAAACAACAAGGGUCUCCUUGCAAAAUUAUAUUUUCUUUGCUUAUUGUUGCUGUUAUUGCACAGUCUGUGAAUUCGCCGAUGGGCGAAAGUAGCUCAUUUUUCACUAGAGUUCUCUGUGGGGAACAAAGAGGAACGAAAACUCCCUCUCUCUCUCUCUUAUGCGUUCCUCUCUCUCUCUCUCUCUCUCUUAUGCGUUCCUCUCUAGCUCCCCACUCUCUCUCUUAUGCGUACCUCUCUCUCUCUUUUUCUCUUUUGAGUCAGCGAGCAAUCUACGAUGUAAACUGGCAAACAUUCACUUUACAGCAGACACCGUGUUCGUGUUUAUGUACCUAUAAUAAUGUUCACGUCUCUUUCAUUAUCACUCGCAGAUUUCCCUUUAUUUUCUUUCUUUCUUUCUUUCUUUCUUUCUUUCUUUCUGUUGUUGUAGCCUUUCCCGCUGAACCGGACGCGUCAAUCAAUUGCUCUCUUUCUUUGUAUUAUAUAUUUUGCUUCCAGCUCGACAAUUUCUUUAGUUCAAUUAACAUACACCCUUCUUUCUUUCUUUCUUUCUUUCUUUCUUUCUUUCUUUCUUUCUUUCUUUCUUUCUUUCUUUCUUCCUUCCUUCCUUCCUUCCUUCCUUUCUUUCUUUCUUUCUUUCUUUCUUUCUUUCUUUCUAAUCCAUACAAUUCUCUCGCUUAUACAUUUUUUCUCUUUGUCUCUCCCUAUCUAUUCCUACGGCACCACAUUAUAUAUUUCCUCAUUUUCUCCUUCUUACUCUCUACAUUUACACGCCUUUCAAUAAGAAAAGAGAAAAAAAAAACAUAUUUUCCAAUCAAAUAUCCCAUCAUCCUCAAUAUCUCCACCAGCUGA